GCAUGUUGGACUGAAUUGACCUUUGAAUACAGAGGUCCAUUCCUUUGAUUCAUGAUUUCGGUCUUUCUUCAUUCUUCAACCAACCCCAUUCCCUUCUCCGGCCACCGUACCCGACGGAGCGCCGUCUUACCCUAGCCGUACCUGAACGGCGGCUGCUUGGGAAGGUUUUAGCGAAGAUCAAUGGAUAAAAUCUUCAACAAGCUGCGCAAUUUGGACGCAUACCCAAAAGUCAAUGAAGAUUUUUACAACCGCACACUCGCCGGGGGAGUCGUCACCGUCGUCUCCGCCGCCGUCAUGCUCUUCCUCUUCCUUUCCGAGCUAAGAUUAUACCUCUACACAGUUACCGAGAGUAAGCUUUUGGUGGAUACUUCAAGAGGAGAAACCUUACACAUCAAUUUUGAUGUCACUUUUCCUGCUGUUCGAUGUUCAAUACUCAGUUUAGACGCAAUGGAUAUUAGUGGGGAGCAGCAUCUUGAUAUAAGACAUAAUAUAAUGAAAAAAAGAAUUGAUGCUAAUGGUAAUGUGAUAGAAGUGAAGAAGGAUGGAAUUGGUGCAGCUAAGAUCGAAAGGCCCUUACAGAAACAUGGUGGCAGACUUGGACAUGAUGAGAAGUAUUGUGGUUCAUGUUUUGGUGCAGAAGAGUCAGAAGACCACUGUUGUAAUUCUUGCGAAGAAGUUCGUGAGGCAUAUAGGAAAAAGGGCUGGGCAAUGACAAAUAUGGAUUUGAUCGACCAGUGUGAAAGAGAGGGGUUCGUACAAAAGGUAAAGGAUGAAGAAGGUGAAGGAUGCAAUAUCCAUGGAUCUCUUGAAGUUAAUAAAGUGGCUGGAAAUUUUCAUUUUGCUACCGGGAAAAGCUUUCUUCAGUCAGCUAUCUUUCUGACGGAUCUGCUUGCUCUACAGGAUAAUCAUUAUAAUAUAAGCCAUAAAAUCAACAAAAUAAGUUUUGGUGAUCAUUACCCUGGGUUGGUAAAUCCUCUUGAUGGGGUAAACUGGGUCCAAGGACCAACUCAUGGCGUGUACCAGUAUUUCGUAAAGGUGGUCCCUACAAUAUACACGGACAUUAGAGGUCGUGUUAUACGUUCAAAUCAGUAUUCUGUGACUGAGCAUUUCAAGAGUUCAGAACUGGGUAUUGCAAUUCCUGGAGUUUUCUUCUUUUAUGACAUAUCUCCAAUCAAGGUCAGCUUUAAAGAGGAACAUAUUCCAUUCUUACAUUUCCUGACCAAUGUUUGUGCAAUUAUUGGAGGUAUUUUUACUGUUGCGGGAAUUUUAGACUCAUCAAUAUAUUAUGGUCAGAGAACAAUCAAGAAGAAAAUGGAAAUUGGCAAAUAUGGAUAAUUUGGUCACUGUUUCCUACAUGGGUGCUCUAAUUUCCUGAUUGAGUUUGCUUAUAACGUACUUGGUUGGUUGCUUUGGUGUAUUGAGUAUCCAUUCAUAAUGUGAUCGCAUACGCAUUGCACAUAACGCUACGAUUAGGCAGAGCUCUAGGUUCAGUUGGAGUGUAUUUUUUUGGAACUUGAAAAGAUCAGAGCUAAAGAGCCAUGUUCAUGGAAUAUCAAAGAAUUUGAAGCUGUUUAAGUUAGUGUUCUAACAUUUUGUCCUGUUCCCUCUUGUUUCCUAUCUCCUCAAUUGAACGUUCAAGAUUCAUAAAUAUUAUUGGCAGUUAAUAGAAAAAAAAUUCUGCUUUUCUGCACA